AUAUCAGACUACUGACUUUGAUGUAAAACAUGACAGACCAAUGGGAUAGAUGUACAAAGGAGCGCUCCUAUCGUUCGACAACUUCGAACAAAUACACAAGAACAUGCAUCAUACUUUUUCUUUUCGCUUUCUGUAUUACGAGCAAGGCUAACAACUUCCAUGAUUUGGAGCUGCAAGAGAACUUUAACCCGAAGAAGUUCUUCACUGGUAUCUGGUAUGAAACCCAGCGACUAAACAAGACUCUAACGAACUGGGGCAGCUGUCUCAAAAUAGAAUCCUCCGUGGUUCUUGACAAAAUACAAUUCACCACAUCAGCUUAUAUACCCUUCCUUUUCAGCAGAAAAUCAUUCAAGUCAUCAACCAAGUUAGGUAAUGGGAAUAAACCGAAUUUCCUAGUGAGCAUUUCAGCUUUGAGUUGGAAUAUCUCAGUUAUCUCUACUGACUACGAUAACUAUGCUCUUGCCUCCUCUCGUUCUAUUAAUAAGUCUCUACAAAGCAGCACUUCAGCAUUCCCAGAGAUUAUGAUCAUCUUUAGAAGAAACAAAAAUGAUAAAGGCCAUGUACAAGAGAUAGAAAAUGCAGCAGUGAAGAGCGGUAUAUCUUACCAUGAUCUUUCCGUACUAAAUUGUUAGCUCAGAGGCAAUUAUUUCUUGUAAAAAUUGAAUAAAAUGUAAUACGAAAA